CACUUGGGAACACCCCUUUCUUCUUUCAUUCAUUAGAAUUAUUAACAGUUAACACCCAAUUUUGCACGCUUCGCUUUGAGGCAGGGAGGCAGAAAGAGAGAUAUGAGUGGAUUUUUAAGAAGAAGAAACAGAUCUUCUUUACUUUUUUCGUUGUUCCUCCUCUCUGUUCCUCUUCCUUUCUUUUCAGGUAUAGCCGAUGACUCAUCUGGGGCAAAAAAUGGCACUAUGAAGUCUGAUAAGCAUGCUGCUUCUACAAACAAUACUGGGAUCCCCAAGAUUGCCAUCAUUUUUGUUUCCAUGGUGGCAAUAGGGUUUCUCGCUUUUUUCCUUUUCAAGUUUUGGCAAAAGAAGAAAAGAGAAGAGCAGUAUGCCCGUCUUUUGAAGUUGUUUGAAGAGGAUGAUGAGCUUGAAGUUGAACUUGGCCUUCGGGACUGACUCUUUUAUUGGAGAGAUUUUACUGCUUUUUACCUAGGUUUCGACUGAUUGCUUAAUGUGUAAAAUGUUGCUCAAAGUUCACAUCAAAACAUUAAGCAAUAAAGCUAGCACUUGCUUUGAAUGAUAGUAUUUGUCUUGAUGUUGGGUGCCCAUCAACCUUAUGUUCUGACCUUGGUAAUGUUGUGCAGGCUUGAAAGAAAUUUGUUCGGAGGAAAAGUUGCUCCUCUGUUGCCAAGAUUGAGCUGUGGUGAUCCCUGUGUAGAGGUUAGAUGAUCUUCCAAUUGAAUUGCGUAAUAUUUGUCACUUUUCAUGAAUUUGAAUUCUUUGAUUACUUAGAGAAGAUUAGAUUCUUCUUUGAAUAAGUUCCGAGGGUCUCAUUCCCAGUUUGUAAAAAUGAUUCUUUGUUCUGAUGAACAUUGAAGUGUGUAAGAAUCAUGCAUUUUGAUGCAAAGCAUCUUGAAUGCAUAUAUUAAAUGUUACUAGAAAGGAUGAGUGGAUGUAAAUUCUUCGAUUCUAGCUGCUAUUUCGAGCUAUUUUUUCUCCCAUAA